AUGGCAACCCUGUUCUCUCACACGCGACUGGAACUACUUGUGUUCGAGUCUUUGACUCUUUUAUUUCCAAAUCAUGUCUUCCGUCCCUCCCCAUACAUCCCUCUCUCCGCUGCCUCUUCCGUGCCAUGCGACUUAUCUCCCCAUGACUCCCUCCCGUGCCUCUCUCCCGUGCCUCUCUCCCGUGCCUCUCUCCCGUGCCUCUCUCCCGUCCCUCUCUCCCGUCCCUCUCUCCCGUCCCUCUCUCCCAUGCCUCUCUCCCGUGCCUCUCUCCCGUGCCUCUCUCCCGUGCCUCUCUCCGUGCCUCUCUCCGUGCCUCUCUCCCGUGCCUCUCUCCCGUGCCUUGCUCCCGUGCCUCGCUCCCGUGCCUCGCUCCCAUGCCUCGCUCCCGUGCCUGCACUCCACCAUUCACUGCACGUGGCUGGUAUCUCCGUGGCAGUGCCAUCAACAACCAAGGCCAAGCUAGUGGUGGUGGGAGGGGGGGGCGUGAGCCCGUGGAACGAGUGGAGCAUGCGGGUGUGGAAGAAGCCCGUGCUGCAUGUGGGGGACACUCUCGUGUUCAAGUGGUGGGGCUUCCCCAAUGACGUCGUCGCUGCACUCAAUAAGAAGCAAUUCGAUACAUGCAACUUCACUAUAGCCAUCUUGCUGCACAGCACCACGUGGGUGGGGCGCUUCAAGAUUGCAGUACCAUCAGGCACCACGCGAGUGCUCUUCGCCAGCAGCAUGCGUGAAAGGUGCAGGAGGGGACUCAAGUACGACACUGGUGCCAUUUUGCCGUGA